UCAUGACUCAUGAUUCACACCACAAGAACCAGCAACCUCGUUUCAAAAACAAAAAAAAAAAGGCAGAAAAAAAAGAAGAGAGAGAUCCCUGUUUGAUUGGUUUGACACCAAGAACACAAAGUCCUUGACAUCCUCACGGUAUGUAACAGCAACAUGUCGCUAGAGUUCCCAAGGCAUGCCACUACUUGUUGCCACAAGGCACAAGCAAUGGCAUAUAUAGUCAACCAGUAGCAGCCUACCAGCAGGACAUGGCUGCAGGCAGCGGUGGCGGCAUAGAAUCGUAGACCAGGCCAGAGAUCAGGCGAGGAGCAGGCAAGUCGCGCGAUGGCCGUGGCGGCGGCGGCCGAGAAGGCGGUGAGGUGCCUCGGCGGGGGCUUCGACAUGACGUGCGACAUGAGUCUCAAGUACUGCAAGGACGCCGGCGGGUGCCUGGUCGAGCGGGGCGGCGUCGAGACGGCGCCGCUCGCCGUGCCGGGUGUCGGGACGGUCGCCGGCGCGCCCGCCGACGUCAAGUGCGGCAAGGGAGACCGCGUCCGGCUCAAGUCCGGCGUGCUCGAGUUCAGCAAGAUGUCGGAGCUGUUCAACCAGCGGAGCUCGGUGGAGGGGAAGAUCCCGUCGGGGCUCUUCAACGCGUGCUUCGACCUGGACAGCGGCGCUUGGGCGCAGGACGCCCCCGCCACCAAAUGCCUCGCCAUGGACGGCUACUUCAUCUCCCUCUUCGACCUCCGCCUCGACCGCCGCCCACUCGCGCUCGCCGACCACGUCCUCCGGGACGUCCCGGCCGCCUGGGACCCCGCCGCCAUCGCAAGGUUCAUCGAGAAGUACGGGACGCAUGUGGUCGUGGGGCUGAGCAUGGGCGGGCAGGACGUGGUGUACGUGAAGCAGCACGAGUCGUCGGCUCUGUCGCCGUCGGAGAUCAAGGAGCAUCUCGACAGGCUCGGCGACCAGCUCUUCACCGGGGCCUGCGCCAUGCCUCCCCUGCGCGGCAAGUCCAAAGACAAGCUCAAGAAUUCUCACGGUGAAACACUGAAAUGGUGCCAGAUGCCGGAGGCCUUCAACGUGUUCGAUGCCCAGGUAGCACAGCAGCGGCUUCAAGCAGGGAUCACCACGCUGGUAUCUUCCAAAGAGGGCGUGACGGUGAUCUACUCCAAGAGGGGUGGGAACACGACGGUGGGCAGCCACUCGGAGUGGCUCCUCACCGUGCCGGCGAUGCCCGACUUGAUCAGCGUCAAGGCCGUGCCCAUCACCUCCCUCAUCAAGGGCGUCGCCGGCGCCGGCUACCUCUCGCACGCCAUCAACCUCUAUCUCAGAUAUAAACCUCAUGUCGCUGACCUCGAGUACUUCCUGGAUUUCCAGCAUCACAAGAUGUGGGCUCCGGUGCUCGGCGAGCUGCCCCUCGGCCCGUGCUCCAACCGGCAGGGCUCCAGCCCGGCCUUGCAUUUCAGCCCGCUGGGUUCCAAGCUCUAUGUCAGCUCAAGCCAGGUGAUUGUUCCUAAAUUGCCGGUCACUGGGAUGCGACUGCACCUGGAGGGCAAGAAACACAACCGGUUGGCCAUCCACCUGCAGCACCUGUCCACCACGCCGGCGUUCAUCGCCGCCGCGCGCCACGACAAGCCGCCGGCAUGGCGAGGGUCGGAGGCGGCCUCCGACGACCGCUUCUACGAGCCGGUCCAGUGGCGGAUGUUCGCGCGCGUGUGCACGGCGCCGGUCAAGUACGACCCCGGGUGGCGGGGCGCCGGCGCCGGCGACCGCGACCGGCGCGCGGCCUGGGUCGUGACGGGCGCGCGACUCCACGUCGCGGCGCACGACUCCACCGACGUACUGCACCUUGGCCUCCUCUACGCCGAGCUCCCCGGCUGUGCCGUCGUGCAGUCCAGGUGGGCGCGCGGCGCGACGAGGCUGUCCGGCAAGUCGAGCCUCCUCUCGGCUGUGUCCCCCGUGGGGUCUUCCGGCGGCGGCAGUGGCGGUUCGCAGAAGGACAGGCAGCAGCCGAGUAAACCAGAGGCCGUCAACAUCGACUCCGGCAUGCUCGCCGGCGGGCCGCCUGUGCCGGUGGCCGCGCAGAAGAUGCUGAGGCUCGUGGACACCUCGCAGGUGACCAUGGGGCCGCAGGACAGCCCUGGGUACUGGCUGGUCACCGGCGCAAGGCUCGACGUCGACAAUGGGAGGAUCUCGCUGCACGUCAAGUUUUCCCUGCUUGCCCCGGCUUCCUGACAAGAUGUUCAUUCAUCCAGAGAUUGUACAGUUUUUUUUUCCUGAAGCUCAAAACUAACCGCUGUAAGAACACACAUCUUGUUUGCCCUUUUUGUUUUUCAACCAUUCUUUCAUGUUUUGGUUCUGGUAAGAGUACUGUGGAUGCUGCUGCAAGGUAGCAAAUUAACAUUGCAAACGAGAUGUACCUACUUUUCAAAAAAACGAGAUGUACCAUUUUAUUUUUGUUAAGGGAAAUUCCAUACA